AUGGAUCGGGAGCUGGAGGAGGCGAACUGCAAGUUCGCGUGGCUCAAGCUCGCCUGCGCGGAGGACGAGCUCGACACCUGCGCCACCCUGAUCUCGGAGCUCAAGGUUCUUCUCACAAAGUUUCCUAGCCUGCCACCAUCAUUUAAGAAUACACCCAAUGCAGUUGCGGAGCUGAGACUCGCAAGGGCCAUAUACGAGUUUGCUGUCAUCUUCAGCAUCAGAGUUAAGGACCAAGAUGCAUUUGAGAGGAACUUCUUCCAACUAAAAGUCUUCUACAUGGAUACAAGAAGCAUACUCCCACCAUCACCAGAAGAAUAUCGAAUUUGGGGGCUUAAUCUUCUGAGGCUGUUGGCUGAGAACAGAGUAGCUGAAUUCCACACUGAGCUGGAACUUCUGCCCCCCAGAGCCCUAGACCAUCCUUGCAUCAAAUAUGCAGUCGAGCUUGAGCAAUCCUUUAUGGAAGGUACCUACAACCGAUUAACCAAUGGUCAGCGAGCUGUGCCACAUGAGACAUACCUCUACUUCAUGGACCCUUCUUGCUGA